AUGGGUUUCUUUCUGGCGCUGGUGCUCGGGUCCUCGCUCUACCUGCAGGCGGCCGCGGAGUUCGACGGGAGGUGGCCCAGGCAAAUAGUGUCAUCCAUUGGCCUGUGUCGUUACGGCAGGAGGAUUGACUGCUGCUGGGGCUGGGCCCGCCAGCCCUGGGGACAGUGUCAGCCUUUCUACGUCUUAAGGCAGAGAAUAGCCAGGAUAAGGUGCCAGCUCAAAGCUGUGUGCCAGCCACAGUGCAAACAUGGUGAAUGUGUCGGGCCAAACAAGUGCAAGUGUCAUCCUGGAUAUGCCGGGAAGACCUGCAAUCAAGACGAACACCUCUACCCAACUCCUCUUGACCAAGGCAGUGAACAGCCUCUUUUGCAACCCCCGGAUCAUCCAGCCACCAGUUUGCCUUCAAGGGACCUAAACGAGUGUGGCCUGAAGCCGCGGCCCUGCAAGCACAGGUGCAUGAACACUUUCGGCAGCUACAAGUGCUACUGUCUCAACGGAUACAUGCUUCUGCCGGAUGGGUCCUGCUCAAGUGCCCUGACAUGCUCCAUGGCAAACUGUCAGUAUGGCUGUGAUGUUGUCAAAGGUCAAAUUCGAUGCAAGUGCCCCUCUCCUGGCCUCCAGCUGGCUCCUGAUGGGAGGACCUGUGUGGACAUUGAUGAAUGUGCUACUGGAAGAGCCUCCUGCCCCAGAUACAGGCAGUGUGUGAACACUUUUGGGAGUUACAUCUGCAAAUGUCAUAAAGGCUUCGACCUCAUGUACAUAGGAGGCAGAUACCAAUGUCACGAUAUAGAUGAAUGCUCCCUUGGGCAGUAUCAGUGCAGCAGCUUUGCGCGAUGUUACAACAUACACGGGUCCUACAAGUGUACCUGUAAAGACGGAUACCAGGGCGAUGGACUGAAGUGUGUGUAUAUUCCAAGAGUAAUGAUUGAACCUUCAGGUCCUAUUCAUGUACCAAAGGGAAAUGGUACCAUCUCAAAGGGCGAUGGAGGACACAGUAAUUGGAUUCCUGAUGUCAGAAGUACUAGGUGGCCUCUGAAGACACCAUACAUACCUCCUGUCACCACCGACAGGCCCACUUCUAAGCCAACAGCAAGGCCUACACCAAAGCCAAUGCCAGAGCCUACACCACCUCCACCCCCACCCACAGAACUCAGAACACCUCCACCAGCAACAACCCCGGAACGACCAACCACCAGCCUGGCAACCGUAGCACCAGUUGCCGCCACAUCUCCAAGAGAGUUUACAGUUGACAACAGGAUACACACGGAUCCUCAGAAACCUCGAGGAGAUGUGUUCAUUCCACGGCAGCCUUCAAAUGACUUGUUUGAAAUAUUUGAAAUUGAAAGAGGAGUCAGUGCAGAUGAUGAAGCAAAGGAUGAUCCAGGUGUUCUGAUACACAGUUGCAAUUUUGACCAUGGGCUUUGUGGAUGGAUCCGGGAAAAAGACAGUGACGUGCACUGGGAACCAGUGAGGGAUCCAGCAGGUGGACAGUAUCUGACAGUCUCAGCAGCCAAAGGCCCGCUGGGAAGGGCCGCCCGCCUGCUGCUCCCUCUCGGCCACCUCCUGCAUGCAGGGGACCUGUGCCUGUCAUUCAGGCACAAGGUGACGGGGCUGCACUCCGGCACGCUCCAGGUGUUUGUGAGAAAACACGGGGCCCACGGAGCAGCCCUGUGGGGAAGAAAUGGUGGCCAUGGCUGGAGGCAAACGCACAUCACCCUGCGAGGGGCCGACAUCAAGAGCGUCAUCUUCAAAGGUGAAAAAAGGCAUGGUCACACUGGGGAGAUUGGAUUGGAUGAUGUGAGCUUGAAAAAAGGCCACUGCUCUGAAGAACGAAUCACAAAGAUGAUUAAAGGGUUGGAAAAAAAGCUCUAUGAUGAAAAGGUAAAGGAGCUGGGAUUAUUCAGCAUGGAGAAGAGAAGACUGAGGGGCAAACCAUUGCUGGUUUUCAAGUAUAUAAAGGGUUGGUACAGAGAGGAUGGUGACCAGCUGUUCUCCACAUGCACUAAGAAUAGAACAAGAGGAAACAGGCUUAGACUGGAGUGUGAGGGAGCGUUUCCUGGCAGGGACCAUUGUUAA